CAAUGGACUCGCCCCCGUGGCGGGAAUACAUCCAGCGCGGCGCUGCACGAACUGGAGCAGAAUCGUCAGCGCCCACCGCGUAAAUAUACCCUGCACAGCGGAGGAGAAUUCCCGACUCGAUCCGGAGACCCAUCCAGCAGAAUCUAUCGCGAGUCGGAGCAUCCGCGACUGUUGCGCUUAAAAACGUAGACCGAGAGAGGUCUAGUGUCAAGUGGAUAAUAAUUAUUCGAAAACACGCUUAACUAGCGCAAUCGCGGCGCGUAGAUGGAGCCCUGGUCGAUCGUACGAGAAUAUAAGCACAUAAUAUCAAUCGGCACUGCUUAUGCUGCGCUUACAACGUACAUAUAUGGAUAUUGACGGUGGGGGCGAAGCCAUGCGAACCGCGCUGUUGACUGAUAAAUGAAUAUUCAAGCCGCAUUACCGAGCAACUUGGCCAGCGCGAUUUACAUUGGCCGGAUUAGUCUUGGCUCGCAUGCAGAAUCGGAGCGGCCGCCGAAUACUUGCUGGCUUUCCAUUUCACGCUUGUAGGCUUGCGGGGAGGAAUCACAAGGACUGUCGCGUUGUUUGGAGACGAUGCAGACUCCGUGGAGGAUAGCGGCGCGGGCCGCCAAGUCCGCGGUAGCGGUAGCGAGACGAGCACAGUCCAGCAGCAGCAGCAGCAGCAGCAGCAGCAGCUUCCGACCUCUGUCGCACCUGACGGAGGACGAGGAGAUGAUGCGCGACACGGUGCGUCGGCUGGCAGACGAGGAGAUCAGGCCGUUGGUGCGUAAGAUGGAGUCCGACAAGCGGAUAGACCAGGGCUUGCUGAAGAAACUGCACGAGAGCGGUGUCAUGGGCAUGGAGAUUCCUGCGGAGUACGGCGGCACCGGAGCCAAUUUCACCUCGACGAUGAUCGCCGUCGAGGAGCUCGCGAAGGUCGACGCGUCCAUUGCUGUCCUCGUCGACAUCCAGAACACCCUGAUUAACGCCAUCGUGCGCAAUGUCGGCUCCGAGGAGCAGAAGCGCGAGUACCUGCCGAGGCUCGCCGGGCAAUACGCCGGCAGCUUCUGCCUGAGCGAGGUGGUCUCGGGCUCCGACGCCUUCGCCCUCAAGAGCAGCGCCAAGAGGGACGGCGAGCACUACGUCCUCAACGGCUCCAAGAUGUGGAUCUCCAACUCGGACAUUGCCGGCUUGUUCGUCGUCUUCGUCAACGCCGAUCCCUCGGCUGGCUAUCGAGGCAUAACAGCGUUCCUGGUCGAGCGGGACACGCCCGGACUGAAGAUCGCGCGGCCGGAGUCAAAGCUGGGCCUGGAGGCGUCGGGCACCUGCGCCGUGCACCUGGAGGACGUGCGAGUGCCCGCCUCGGCCGUGCUCGGCAAGGUGGGCCAGGGCUACCGGUACGCGGCCUCGCUGCUCAACGAGAGCCGCAUAGGGAUCGGCGCGCAGCAGCUGGGCAUCGCGCAGGGCUGCCUCGACGCGACCGUGCCCUACACCCUCGAGCGCAAGCAGUUCGGCCAGGAGAUCUUCUCGUUCCAGGCGCUGCAGCACCAGCUCGCCCAGAUGGCCAUGGAGGUCGAGUGCGCGCGGCUGCUCGUCUACAACGCGGCGCGCAAGCUCGAGCACGGCGAGGACGUGAUGCGCGAGGCCGCCAUGGCCAAGCUCUACGCCUCGGAGAUGGCCCAGCGCGUCACCUCCAAGUGCAUCGACCUCAUGGGCGGCGUCGGCUUCACCAAGGACUACCCCCAGGAGAAGUACUUCAGGGACUGCAAGGCCGGCACCAUCUACGAGGGCACCAGCAACAUGCAGCUCACCACCAUUGCCAAGUCCAUCCGUCAGCAGUACUCUUGAGUUAUAAUAUCAAUAAGCCGGUGAAUUCCCAGCUUCGGACUGCUUGCUGCGGCGUGUGCUGUGCCAGACAUUCGAACGCUCGCCCAAGUACUUGCGUGCAUUGAGAAUAAAACUUGUCAUCCUUUCAA